AUGGCAACGACGGUUGAGAAACGGCUUCAACGAAUUGCGGAACUUCGCCAGCAGGUACGGACGAAGUCGCAUAUAAUAUAUUUGAUACGCAAUCCCGUACAAUUUUAAAUGGUUGAUCAUAUAUUUAUUUAAGGUGGUCGUAGGCACACUGGCUGAGGAUUUCCUGCGAAUGCCAACUACAUCUGGUACGGCCUUUACAGGGGCUCCUUUAGAUCCUGCAGUAUGUUAUGAACUCCUUGUAUGCUAUCCGUAUAAGUAUUUUACAGACUCAGUUUUAUUCCUUUAUUCCGCCGAACACUCGUGGAAGAUUGGUUCUGAAGAUAGUGGAGGCCAAACUCACCAAGAAUUAUGGAUUGGUAAGGAUGGAUCCUUAUGUCAGACUUCGAGUUGGAAAUGCGGUGUUUGAGACACAUACUUGUGUGAAUGGCGGAAAGACUCCGGUCUGGAACCGAGUGAUCAAUGCGUAUUUGCCGAUUGGGGUCGAAUCUGUUUAUGUUCAGAUAUUUGACGAGGUAGUUGAAGAGUAUUGCUUUUAUUAUGUUUGAUUUUGGUUUUAGAGGUCUUUCACCCAAGACGAGUGUAUUGCUUGGGCCCACAUAAUUCUGCCUGAUGGAGUUUUUGGACAAGAGACUGUAGACGAGUGGUACUCUUUAUCCGGACCUCAGGGCGAAGGAAAAGAAGGAGUUCUUAACAUUGUAACUUCGUUUACUCCAGUUGUCACCCAAGAAGCACAACCGGAAGAACCUCGCAUAGGGGUCAACUCCAAUUUGGAGGAAGAUGUGACCAACAUUAAGGAGAUGUUUCCUGAGGUGGAUGUGGAAGUUAUUAAAACAGUUAUGGAAUCUAACAAUUAUAACAGAGAGGCCACUGUGAACGCCUUAAUCGAGAUAAACAAUUCUUAA